AUGCGAGAUCUACCAAAAGUUGUAAAUAGCCGUUUAGUGAGGUGGGCUCUCCAGUUGAAUCAAUACAACUAUGACAUAGAGUACAGAAAAGGAGAAGAUAAUGUGUGUGCUGAUGUUCUAUCAAGACUUCCGAUUGAAGAAGAUCAACCUGAGGAGGCUCACAUUGGUUUUUUGAAUGUUGAUAAGGUUAACUCUAUCAUGUCUUAUGACCUCUUGAAACAAAAUUCAUUUACAGAUAAAGCAAUUAAAAUGGCAAAAAACUUUGUAUUGAGAAAUACAUGGCCCCCUGUUGUUCCUGAAAUGUUGAAGUCAUACAAACAGAGGAAAGAUGAAUUGAGUGUUGAAGAUGACAUAUUAUUGUGGUUUGGACGAAUUGUAGUUCCAGAAUGCAUGAGAACUGAUGUUCUGAAGAUAUUGCACACAGGACAUCCUGGUAUUGUAUCAAUGAGGUCUGUAGCACGACACUAUGUAUGGUGGCCCAACAUGGAUAAAGAUAUCGAAGUUUAUAUCAAGAGGUGCACAUCUUGUCAAGAGAAUCGAGAUAAUGUGGAAAAAGUGCCAUUAUAUCCUUGGAAUGUACCUGAUAGAGUUUGGGAAAGGGUACACAUUGAUCUGGCAGGGCCAGUCAACGGAUCUAUGUGGUUGGUAGGUAUUGAUGCUUUGUCAAAGUGGGCAGAAGUGGACUGUCUCAAGACAACAAACUCUUCAACAAUCAUUCAACGACAACGAUUGAGAUCUUGGUUUAGUCGAUAUGGAAUACCAAGUGAAAUCGUGACAGACAAUGGACCUCAAUUUGUAUCAAAGGAAAUGGAAACAUUUUUUGAGAAAAAUUCUAUCAACCACAUAAAAACAACUCCUUACCAUCCUAAAAGUAAUGGACUUGUGGAAAGACUAAUUCGUACUUUGAAAAGACGGUUCUACACAACAAAGCAGGAUGUUGGAAAUGGAAUGCUAGCUCUUCAAAAUGUUCUUUUUAGCUACAGAAACUCGCCUCAGAAAACAACUGGUAGGGCUCCGGCAGAAUUGUUUCUCGGUCGUAGACUACCAACAAUUUUUGACAAUAUGAAACCUAAUCUUAGGAAAAAGAUGGAGACGAAGCUUUGGAAAGAACAAGGGAGGGACAACAAAAAAGUUCGAACUUUUGAAGAAGGAGAAGAUGUGUGGAUUAAGAAUGAACAUGGGAAUGGUUGGUCAGCUGGAGUGGUGAAAAAUAAAAAUGGACUGUACUCAUAUGAUGUACAUUGUGGAGGUGUUAUAAAAAGGAAACAUGCGGACCAGAUGAGACAAAGAAUGGGAGCUGUUGAAUCCGUGUAA